UUAGUCGUUUGUUUAGUCUUUCUUUGCUUCCGUCAUGUCCGAGACCGCACCGCCCGUUCCAGCUGCUUCCACUCCCCCCGAGAAGCCUUCAGCUGGCAGGAAAGCGAAGAAGCCUGUGAAGGCUGCAGCAGGCGCCAAGAAGAAAUCCGCGGGUCCUUCAGUCUCGGAGCUGAUUGUACAGGCCGUUUCUUCUUCUAAGGAGCGCAGCGGCGUGUCCUUGGCUGCGCUCAAGAAGGCGCUGGCGGCCGCCGGCUACGACGUAGAGAAGAACAACAGCCGUAUCAAGCUGGGCCUUAGGAGCCUGGUGAGCAAAGGCACUCUGGUGCAGACCAAGGGCACCGGCGCCUCGGGGUCUUUCAAGCUCAACAAGAGAAUAGCCUCGGUGGAUAGCAAGCCCAGCGCCACAAAGGUGACAGCGAAAGCGAAGGUAACAAGUUCUUCUAAGAAGCCCAAGAAGGCCGCCGGGGCGGCUGCUGGCAAAAAAGGUGUCAAGACUCCGAAGAAGGCUAAAAAGCCUGCGGCGACAAAGAAGUCCUCCAAGAGUCCCAAGAAGUCCAGGGUUGUGAAGCCUAAGAAAAUAGGUAAGAGUCCUGCUAAAGCCAAGGCUGUGAAACCCAAAGCGGCCAAAGCGAAGGUGACCAAGCCAAAGACUGCCGCCAAGCCCAAGAAGGCAGCACCGAAGAAAAAGUAAAAGUCCCACUUGCAAGCUGCUUCCAAUAACCCA